AUGUCUUCUAUUGAUAUCAAUCGUUAUAUUUCACGUCUCCGUGACAAGCUUGACAGUCUGGUAGACGAAUUUAGGGAGUAUGAUUUCACAUUCAAACCUCUCUUCACUCAACAAGAGUUUGAAGAACAAAUUCUUCCGCAGUUUGAUGACCUUAUGAAGUUGGACAACAGAUAUCUUAUUAUCUACAAUAUAUUCAGUAACUUGUUGCUUUCGUCUUUGACGGACUUCAACAAACUCCUCUGCAUUAUUGAUUUUCUCAUCAACGUGUCUAAAUGUGAUCCUGAUGUUUUUGCAUCUCUUCCCAACGAUAUCGUCAAGGAGAUCGCUUUACAGGACGUGUUUCAGGAUUUGAAAAAGUACUUGUAUAGUAACACAAGGAUGGAUUACAAGUUUGACAAGUUCAACAGUACCCAGCAAACAGAAACAGAAGGUGCGACUGUUCCCGAUACUAGACGCUAUCCACUUCGUCGGCCGCCAGUUCAUGCCGCUUCUCUCGCAGCCAUUGAAAAAACUAUCAUGGGUAAGAAAGCGGCCAGAAAGGCUAUUAGGGCUUCUGCAAAUGUACGCACACCUCCUUCCGGACGUCUUAGACUACCUGAGUCUAUUCCUGAGUUGCGUAACAAGAAGAUGGCAUUUGUAUUGGAUGACAACCUCAAUUUUUUGUAUGAAAAGUUGGACAAUAUCACAGAUUUCGAGCCUGAAUUGGUGGCAGAAGCUCGUGAUGGGUUCUUCUACAAACCCCCUCAAUAUAAACUCUUCAGCAAGUAUGAUACUGACGCAGACGCUAUUCUCACAGCCGGAUUGGACAAGUUAUUCAAUAGUUUUAUGCAGCAAAUUUGCAAAAGAGUUGGAUAUGUAGAGUUUGAUUCAACCCCAUUCCUACACGAGACGGAGUAUCAGUACAUAAUGAGCAAUGUUGAUGAAUUCGGGAGUGUAAGUUUAGCUCCACUAAUCUUCGAAAAUCGGCCUGUGAGAGUAAUGGAGAACGGAAUGCUCAAUAAGGUAAAGAAAAUAGGUAUCAAGUCUACUAAAGUGAAAGGCAUCAUGCGCUUAAAAGUGUUCAAUAACAGCAGAGGGUAUCUCAAAAUGUUUGGAAAUUUGGUGAGUAAGGAUCAGGCUCGAUCCCGAGUUGAGUGGAUCAAUUCGUUCAUCACUGAUGGGAAGGGAUUGUAUUCGUGCGAUAGGUUGGCUCAGAUUAUGAGUCUUAUGGACACUAAUGCUAUGCUACGAAUGCCAACUCCAGAAUCAUCAGAUAAUGAGGAGGCCGAGGAGGAGGAAGGUGGUGAUGAAGAAGACACUGAAGAAAAAAUAAGAAAAAAGCAGGUGGAUAUAAAGCAAGAGGAGAACAAUUCACCAAGCAGACUGGUUGAAAGUGAUGGCGAUUCAGAUGAAUACGAAAGCGCGAAGGAAGAAGAGGAAGGAUCUAAUCCUAAGAUACCCAGAGAUUCUACGUUGUUUGUAGGAGGUUCGGAUGGAGAAGAAGAAAAUAAGGAGAACCAGGAAAGUAUAGAGGGUGAAUUGCCAAAAAAGAUGAUUGAAAGCCUUGGUAGGCCCCAAAGAGGUAUCGACGACGACCGAACUGCUGUUAUGACAAGUGCCAGAGGUGUCAAGCUCAACAGCUCUCAUAUGAUGCGCCAUUUGUGUACGAAGGAUUUCCUACAUGUUUUGGCCAACCUUAUCUUCCCCCAAAUGAAAAUCGCCAACCGUACACCAAAUCAGAUGGUUAUGUCAAUGGUCAACACUGCAUACUCAAAAGCAUACUUCAAUUUCAGGCCAUAUUUGAUCUCGCUCUUUCUUUCCGAUUUGGACGAAUUUUUCAACAUGCCGAAAUAUUUUCAGCUCGAUUCUGUUAUGUUCCAGUUACAGCUCGAGGAAUACAGAAAGAAAAGUUACAAACAGCGCCGUAUAUAA